UUGUUUGCAGCCCGUGAAGAAAAAGCGUGGAAACCUUGUUGGCUGACGCUUUGCGACGAUCCUAAUGGUGGAUGUGAGCUUGUCGUCGCUGACACGGAAGUGAGUGCCAAAGCCCGGCUUGUACUAGAUUUGGCAUACUGCGUGAUGUAUCUGCUUGACGACUCUGUAUUCGCUCGUGAAGGUUGUGUAUUUCUUUCACAAACAGAUAUUGAUUUGUCGGGAGUGUACAUUUGCUUUCGUCCAACGCACAUUCUCAUCAAAUGGCUCGAGUUAUUAAGGCCACGCGUCUUGGGUCUUCGAACAGGUGCAGUUCCGGUGAUGAUAGGUUUACAGUUCGAACCGCCAAAACAAUCAUUUGUGGCUGUUUUGCAGCUUCACAUAGAUAAAUAUAGAUGCGAAACAGUCAAAUCGGAUGGCUUUUAUUCGGCAUACGGGAUGCUGUGUGGAGUGAAAGUAUGUAGCACGCCAGUUAUAAUGGCAACAUUGAGCAAGGGUUCGGUGUCGUCUGUUAUUUUCGACUGUUCAUUUCUUUUACCAUUAGUGCCGCCCGAAAAUGGUACUUUACAAUUCUCAAUACUUUCUCAUUCGGGUGGUGGAAAGAAGAACAGACUGCUCGGAGUAUCGGCAUUAUUUCCUCUACCUGAUUCACAACCACUUGCCGACUCGCCAGACUCCGGGUUCACCUUUCGAGCAGUCCGACACCGUAUUCGAGUGCUCAACCAAGCUCAAUAUGCGCCGUUGUUGGAGUACAUGAAAAAAGGAACUGUUGAGCUGUUCGAAUGGGCAUCAGAUGCCUUGUCAAUCCAACAACGGUCGCUUUUGUGCUGGUCCACAGUGUCCCUAUUCCUACCAAACCGUGACGAGUUGCUGCAGUUCAUAAGUCGACUUUUGCGACGGGUAUUGGCGACGUGUUCAGCAGAAAAUGUUAUGCGGCAAGAUUCCUUAAUAACAACAUUGCUAACCCAAACGCUGAGGAUAGGUGGUCGAUCACGGCUGGAGGAAGCGCUCGAUGCAGUUGGGAUAUCAAACGUGAAGCUGCUGCAGCCAGCGGAUGUGGAUAGUGUUAUUGAGAUGCUUGAUAAACUUGUAUCACCAAAUUCGCUAGUAAACGAUCUGCUCGUAGCUGUCGCUCGUGUCGCCGCUGAGCGCUUUCCUGAUGAGCCACACAUACUGAGAAGGGUUUUGAGUAACGUGUAUAUAUUGCGUUUCGUCAAUCCAUUAUUGAUAUCCUAUAUGAGUGGUAACUUGAUGAACCAGCAGCUUGCGAAGGGUGUGCAGGCAGCGGCAAAUGUUGCUGCAGCGGCAUCUCCACGUUUAGAGGACGUCACGGUUGGAUCUCAGUGCCUCCGUGCUCUUUUCGAACGGCUCAGAACUACUGCUGAAACUGAACAGGCACCAGACAAACCAAGCUGUCCGAAAAUUGUGGAGUCGCGGUGUUGUGACUGGAUGGCGAUCAUCUGCCAUCUUCUUCAGCUUGCUAUGACCUCACGUGAAGGAGCACCUCAAGUUGAUGCGAUUCUCCUGCAACUCAUAAACGCACAUAAGUGUGUGCUGUGUGGUUUGAUGCCGAGAUUCCGGUGCAUUUUCUACAAUACUGAACGUCAGCCUUGA